UAUGUCUGGCAGCAGGGACCAUGCGCGGUCGCCAUAUUACGGAGCACCCCUCCUCUCCAGUCCCGUCACAGCAGCCAAGCAGGAGACGCUACCGCUGGGGGAAGAGCACCGGUGAUACAGCAAAACUAAAACGAGGAUUCGCUGGCAUGGAUGUAACCUUUGCACUCCACCGUUAAGUGAUCCCAUCGCUUUCAAGUCGUUGUACUCCGGCUGAAAAGGUUGAUUUGCUCAAUUUCCGAGUUAAUUCAGCAGUUAAGACUCGCUCACUGUAGACUGCUAACCGGUGAUGGAGACUGGCAGCUAGUUCCAGCUAGUAGUUGAUAUAACAAUAACUCACUCAGCAGCUGCUUUGCUUUGAGUUCUUGUAUUCAUCGAAAGACAACAUUUAGUUACAAAAAAUACCGGAGAUGUACGCUUGUGUGUAACAAAGACGCAGCCUGAUAAUCAACCGGCGAAGUACGACUGGCAUCAGCUGACGUUAGCUCGCUAGCUGCUGAGCAAGCGGCCACUAGCUUCAGUUGGCUCGCUAACUGACUCCGGGGGGGGGGAAAUUGCCCUAGAGGUGGUUAAAAUCGCCUGGAUCACAAGAACACAUUUAUAUUUGUUCUGUUAUUUUCAGCUGGCUUGUCUGUUAACCGUAGUGUCGGCAAAACGGCGCCGUUAACGAGCUGCAACCUUAUUACCUACUGUCAGAGACCAACUACCGCCCGGAUUCAGUCGGAAUGCAUCAUCCGGACCCCGCAGGAGACUCUGGCAGCGUCAGAAAGAUGCCGCAUCCGGCUGUCUUCCACAGGAGGGGCAGCAACACGAGCAGCGGGAGCGGCUCCACGCUGUCAACGACCGCCAACCCGGUGGUGGUCAACAACAGCCACGUUUCAGGUGAUGACUACCAACCCUCCCUGUUGAUUCAACCCCCCGCCGCGUCGUCCUCCCCGGGCCCCCAUCACCCUCCUCCUCCGCACAGCCUGAACCUCCAGCCCCAACCCCCGCAACCUACUGGAGCUCAGAUUAAAAAGAAAAGUGGUUUUCAGAUCACAAGUGUGACUCCAGCGCAGAUAUCAGUUAGUACCAACAACAGUAUUGCAGAGGACACAGAGAGUUAUGAUGACUUGGAUGAGUCGCAUACUGAGGAUCUGUCUUCUUCUGAAAUUUUGGAUGUAUCCCUCUCAAGAGCUAAUGAUGUAGUCGGAGCGGAGAGGAGCUCUUCAGAGGAGACCCUAAAUAACUUCCACGAGGCAGAGACCCCUGGAGCCGUCUCCCCCAACCAGCCUUCUCACCCCCAUACCUUGACCCAGGCGCAACACCGUGGCGGCGCCAUUGUAAACGGGACUAUGCAUCACCAACACCCUCAUCAUCUUAACCAUGCUCAGAGCUACUCUCUGACCGGAGCUUUACCUUCUCUCACCCAGAAAAUGCCUUCAAACGUGGGUGGCGCUCAAGAGAAUGUUUCCCACGCCACCGCUGGCGCUCCUAGUAUCGUCCCCCAGGAUGCGGGGAUUGUGACCCCAGGAUCUGUCCCUGGAAUGCACAGCUCUGCGUCAGGCACCACAGUUAGUGUUGUUAAUCCCCCAACCAGCAGUGUUAGUAAUGUGAAUAUGUUGAGCUCCGCCAACGUGCCUGUCAGAGGGGGAAUCAACAUGAGUGCUAGCAGCGGCGGUGCUAGUGGUAGCUUUCCUCACAGUGUUAUUAGCACCACUGGAGGAAGCAGUGUUGCAGCUGGAGGUAGCCAUAUGUCUGCUGCUAACGUCAACAUUAACUCGAUGACUACUACAACUGCUGCUGCUGUCAGUGCCUCUGGAGGCGUGGGAGUCCCCUGCGGGAUCCAGGGAAGAGUUGGAUCAGCUGCGAGCGCUCCCGCAGCGGCUGUGCCUUCAGCUGUUCCUGCUCCGGCGCCGGCAGUGACAGCCGCCACCUCUCGCUUCAGGGUGGUGAAGCUGGACUCCAGCUCCGAGCCGUUCAAGAAGGGCAGAUGGACUUGCACCGAAUUCUACGACAAAGAUGUGCCCACCCCUGCGCCAUCAGUGUCCGAAGCUGCGUCUCAGACAGCGCGUCAGUUCGUAACGGAGAACUUUCCCUCAGAGAGGGAAAGCACAAGCAGCAGCUCUGUGAGCAGCACCAUGAGUACGCUGAGUCAUUACAUUGAGAACCUGGGCAGUGGAGAGGCUGUGGGUUCCCCGUUACCCCAGCAUGCCCAGGAUUACGCCUCCCCUCCUCAGGGAUAUCAAGGAAUCAUGGGAGUACCUCACUCCCAAGCUCACAUGCACACCCAGGAUAUCAACCAUCCUCAUGUGAAGACGACUGCAGCCCCCUCAGCUCCCACAAACCUCCAUCAGCCAGGUCAACAGACUGCCAUUGGUGCUGUCCCGCCACAGCAGCUCACCUACGCCCAGGCGGUCGCUAAUCAACCGCCAAGCUCCUCACAGGGUUUGGUUGGCAUCCAGCAGCAAAAGAUGGGCUACGCUAACCUUCCUCAGCAAUCAGCUGCAUCUCCGGCAUCAGCUAGACCUCCUGGGUACAACCAACCACAGCAAGGUGUACCCCAAGGUGCUCCCUCUCAACCUCUCUCCAACCAAUCCGGCUCAGUGCUGGCCGCUCAAGCUAACGGAGCGACUCAGAUGAUGGGGGUGCCUCAGCAAUCACAGGGGCUCCUUCAUAAGCCAGCUCCCGUCUCCAGUAUGCCGCCCCAUGUUGGGGUAGCUGGCCUCGGACAGCAGCCACCAAGCCACGUUGACAUUCAGCAGCAGAAACCACAAUCCCUUCUGACUCAAAUACAGAAUCCGGGCUCAAGCACCCAACUUCCUCCCGUGGCGUCAGCCUCAGCCGCUCCGCCUCCCAACGCUCACAGCGAUCACCAACCUCAAGCCCAUAAUGCCGCCAGCGUCAGCCGAAUGUCCCCCCAUCCAUCGCAGGACGCCAGCAGUGCCCAGGCCCUGGUUCACGCCGCCCAGGCCAGCGCCUUGUAUGCCAGCUUGCCCAGCUUCACCACAACGCAGCUGCAGGACGCCCAGAGGCUGCUGCUCCAGCAUCAGUCUUUACUGAAGCUGUCUGGCAGCGAGGCGGGAUCAAACAUCGGCCUGGGUCAGGAAACCGAGGGCAACGCCAACACCGCCAGUGCCUUAACCGCACCAGCCGGUCUCAAGACUGUAGACGGAGAGGAUGAUGGCUCGUCCGGAGCCAGCGUGGUGGCCAUCGACAACAAGAUUGAACAAGCAAUGGACCUGGUGAAGAGCCACCUGAUGUACGCCGUGCGCGAGGAGGUGGAGGUCCUGAAGGAGCAGAUCAAGGAGCUGAUCGAGCGAAACUCUCAGCUGGAGCAGGAGAACACGCUGCUGAAGACGCUGGCCAGCCCGGAGCAGAUGGCCCAGUUCCAGGCCCAGGUCCAGACCGGCUCGCCGCCCGCCCCGCAGACCGCCGCUCCCUCUGGACCGCCCAGCGCCACCGCCGCCAGCCUGGCCCAGCCCGCCUCGCACAGCGCCGGCCCCUCGGCGUAGCCCGACGACACAAACUGAGCAACCUCUCACGUUUUAGUGGCCACGGCGCCGCAGUUUGCCUUCCUCAGCCGGAGGUCGACGCUGUCAAGAUGAGAAUUUGCACAUAUUUAUCUCUGAAGGAUGCAGCCAGCGGGACGAGCGAGCGCAGUGGACAAUCUUCCUAUGCUGUGUGUGUGAGGCGGCCAGGAAUCAUCACACAUUUGCCAAAUAGCCCUCAGUCAUCAACAAGAAUGUGCUACCAUGAAGAAACAGUCAGUGACGACGUUACGCUUUCAUUAAAACGAUCACUGUGUCUGGGUUUGACGCUGACAGCAGCAGCAGCAGGCGGUUCUGGUGGUUCUGGUUGUCGUUGUUUUGCUGAAUGAUGUAAAUAAAAAGCGGUUCUUUGCCGAGGCGAGAUCUUGAGAGAUGAAGAAGUUCUUCUCAGUGACAGAAAAAGAUUGUGAGCCAUUAUUAUUAAUAUUAUUAUCACGUCAAAGUCCCCAUCUGGAAUGGGGGAGGAGGUUAUUUUCAACACUCGGCAGCAUUGAUGAAGUUACUCAAACUGUGGGUUGAACAAAAACCUGGUUUCUUACGAUGAAGAUGAUGAUGAUGAUGAUAAAUCUAUUUUCAGUAUUUCCCUUUCAGGCUCGUCAUUUUGCCCUCGAUGAAGCUCGCUGUUGCCGGCAUGUUGUUUCUUCAGCUUCCAUCGACACUUUGGGCUAAGCUGCAUUUUUCUUUUUUGGUAAAAGUUCAACGGGCAUAUGUACAUUUCUGUAUAGUGUAAGUAGGAUGUAAAAAAGGAGGAAGAGGAAGGAAGAACAGAUGCUAUCUAGGUCACGCAGAUUGAUGCGGAGGAGUCUGUGUCAGCCAUCUUUAAUGCUGUAAUUUCUGGACUUUGGAUGGAGGGUUAGGUUAUUUAACUGGCAACAACCAAUGUUGUCCAACUCUUUUACUGCAACGUUAACUCUGACUGUACACCAUUUCUCAUUGCUCUUUUUGUUAAAUAUUGCACCUUUUGGGGUUUAUUUUUUCUUCUCUUUUUUUGACAGUGAAACCCUUUUGGAUCUGAAAAAGCAAACUUAGGAAGAAAAAUAAAAAGGAAAAGGCUCUGAAGAUGUUAUUGUUUUUCAUUCUGUGUAUCAGUUGUAUACUCAUGUUCUGUGCAUGUUUCUUCAAAGACCGGAUGAGAUAACAUACCUACAAUUGCACUUGACAGCCACACUUCACAACUUUCAAUAAACCUGCUUAAGAGUAAAAA